ACGAGGAGGAGGAGCAGCAGGAGGAAGGAGGCGAAGGAGAAGCUGUGGCUGCUGUUAUUAUUAUCAUCAUCACCACCACCAUUAUUACUACUGCUCUGUCUCCCUUCACCCCCUUUUUGCAUAGAUCGCUCCCCACAGAGAGAAAGGAGGGAGCGCAUUGAAGGCUGGCUGGAUUAUCCCCUCCCCUCCUUCACACUCACCCAACCCCUUUAUAGCUUUCUCCCUCAGCUCCUCUGCCUGCCUCCUCCUCCUCCUCCUCCUCCUGAAUCUCUCCCUCUUUCUCUUCCCAGACCACAUUGUCUCCUCCCCUCAACAGGCUCCCAGUCUCUCCCCCCCUCCUUUUAAAAAUUACUUCCCCUUAUUGAAAUGCUUGAAAACCUUACUCCAUGAGCAUCAAACAAUCCUACUGAGCCAAUUUUGGUUCCCCCGCUUCUCCCCCCAAAUAGCUUUCAUUCAUAAUAAAAGCCCCUCCCAUCCCCUAAUACCUUGGUCUCCCUCUCUUGUUCGCAGCCCCUCCAGGCUAUUUUCUCUGUUCUUUCCUCCCCUAGUCGAUACAUAUAUUUUAGUCCCCACUCCAUAGUCUCUUUCUCCCCCACCUUUCUUCUUCUUCUUUUAGACCUCCUUUGGGAUUUCCCCACCUCCCACCAUCGCCAGAGAAACCCUACUGAUGGUGUAAUUUGCAAGGGGAAGAGUCUUUUUAAAACGCUGGGGUUGCUGGAGUGGCCGAAUUUUCCCUGGAAUUGAGUGAGAAAUUCAGAAGACUGAAGCCCAGGCUCACUGUCUACCUUUCACGGAGGCCCAGCCGUGAGAGGACAGAAGAAGGCACGUGGCGAAUCAUGACAGCAGACAAAGAAAAGGACAAAGAGAAAGAAAAGGACCGGGACAGAGACCGGGACAGGGAACGGGACAAGAGGGAGAAGGCGCGGGAGAGCGAGAACUCCCGCCCUCGCCGCAGCUGCACCCUGGAAGGAGGGGCCAAGAAUUACGCGGAGAGCGACCACAGCGAAGAUGAGGACAACGACAACAACAGUGCCACCACGGAGGAGUCCACGAAGAAGAACAAGAAGAAACCCCCCAAGAAGAAAUCGCGCUACGAGAGGACGGACAACGGGGAGAUCACCUCCUACAUCACUGAAGAUGAUGUGGUCUACAGGCCUGGAGAUUGCGUAUACAUUGAGAGUCGCCGACCAAACACUCCAUACUUCAUCUGUAGCAUUCAGGACUUCAAACUGAGCAAACGGGACCACCUUCUGAUGAAUGUCAAAUGGUACUAUCGUCAGUCUGAAGUCCCAGAUUCUGUUUACCAACAUUUAGUGCAGGACCGACACAAUGAGAAUGAUUCUGGGCGUGAGCUGGUAAUUACAGACCCAGUGAUCAAGAACCGAGAGCUCUUCAUUUCGGACUACGUGGAUACCUAUCAUGCUGCUGCUCUCAGGGGGAAGUGUAAUAUCUCCCAUUUCUCUGACAUUUUUGCUGCUAGAGAGUUUAAAGCUCGAGUGGAUUCCUUUUUCUACAUCUUGGGCUACAAUCCAGAAACAAGGAGGUUGAACAGCACACAGGGCGAAAUCCGGGUCGGCCCCAGUCAUCAGGCGAAGCUUCCGGAACUGCAGCCGUUUCCUUCAGGAGAUAGUGAUGCUGUGACACAGCAUGAGGAGCUGGUCUGGAUGCCCGGGGUCAACGAUUGCGAUCUGCUCAUGUACCUGAGGGCCGCACGGAGCAUGGCAGCCUUUGCAGGGAUGUGUGAUGGAGGCUCCACGGAAGACGGCUGUGUCGCAGCCUCCCGCGAUGACACGACACUGAAUGCACUUAAUACACUACACGAAAGCAACUACGAUGCCGGCAAAGCUCUCCAACGCCUGGUGAAGAAGCCCGUGCCCAAACUCAUCGAGAAGUGCUGGACCGAAGACGAAGUGAAACGCUUCAUUAAAGGACUCCGACAGUAUGGAAAAAACUUCUUCAGGAUCCGAAAAGAGCUGCUUCCCAAUAAGGAAACGGGAGAACUGAUCACCUUCUAUUACUACUGGAAGAAAACCCCCGAAGCGGCGAGUUCCCGGGCUCACCGCAGGCAUCGGAGGCAGGCUGUGUUCCGGAGAAUUAAGACCCGAACAGCUUCCACGCCAGUUAACAUCCCCUCCCGGCCCCCCUCCAGCGAGUUCUUGGAUUUGAGUUCAGCCAGCGAGGAUGACUUUGACAGCGAAGACAGCGAGCAAGAGCUGAAGGGCUACGCCUGCCGCCACUGCUUCACCACCACCUCCAAGGACUGGCACCACGGCGGGCGGGAGAACAUCUUGCUGUGUACUGACUGCCGUAUCCACUUCAAGAAGUACGGGGAGCUCCCGCCCAUCGAGAAGCCUGUCGACCCGCCCCCCUUUAUGUUUAAGCCUGUCAAAGAGGAAGACGAUGGACUCAGCGGGAAGCAUAGCAUGAGGACACGGCGGAGUCGAGGCUCGCAGAUGUCUACACUACGCAGUGGUCGUAAGAAGCAGCCCACCAGCCCGGAUGGUAGAGCCUCUCCCAUCAACGAAGACAUUCGGUCCAGCGGUCGUAACUCGCCCAGCGCUGCCAGUACUUCGAGUAACGAUAGCAAAGCUGACUCAGUCAAGAAAUCUACCAAGAAGAUAAAAGAGGAGGCAUCGUCUCCACUCAAGAGCUCCAAGCGGCAGCGGGAAAAGGCUGCAUCUGACACAGAGGAGCCUGAGAGAAUCAACGCCAAGAAAACCAAAACUCAAGAGAUCAGCAGGCCCAAUUCCCCGUCGGAGGGAGAAGGUGAAGGGGAAAGCUCCGACAGCCGCAGCGUGAACGAUGAGGGCAGCAGCGACCCGAAGGACAUCGACCAGGACAACCGGAGCACCUCGCCCAGCAUUCCCAGCCCCCAGGACAACGAGAGUGACUCGGAUUCGUCGGCUCAGCAGCAAGUGCUUCAGGCGACCAACGGCCCCUCCCAGCCGCCGCUUUCUUCUCUCCCCGUGUCGGCACAGCUGCCCACGCCACUGCCUGUAGCCUCAAGUGCCGCCUCUUCAGCGCCCCCCCAUGUUUCCCCGGCAUCCCAAGCGCCCAGCCAGCCAUUGGCUCCGGCGCCCCCGCAUUCUCACAUUCAGCAAGGCCCCGCCCUCCUCCCCCAGAGGCUCCCCUCGCCUCACCCGCCUCUGCAGCCUCUGGCCAUGCCCCAGAGCCAGCCCCAGAUCCCCGCCACGUCUCAGCCGCACCCGCAGCCCCUGCUCCAUGGGCAAAUCCAGACAGUCCCUCACAGCCUGCAGGCCCAGCCUCUCCUGCCUCACCCCAUCUCGUCUCAGCCUUUCCCCCUCCCACAGACGUCGUCCUCUGCUCAGUCUCAGGUUCCCCUGCAACCGCAGGCCGCCUCUCACCCCCAUGCAGCGCUGCAGGUCCCAGCAACGCAGCCCACCCUACAAGCCGCAUCGCCCAUGCAGCAGCCGCCCCAGCCUCCACGAGAGCAGCCCCUACCCCCCGCCCCCAUGUCCAUGCCCCACAUCAAACCCCCUCCCACCACCCCGAUCCCUCAGCUCCCCACCCCGACGCACAAGCAUCCUCCCCACCUCUCAGGACCUUCGCCGUUCUCCAUGAACUCCAAUCUGCCGCCGCCGCCUGCCCUGAAGCCGCUCAGCUCCCUCUCCACUCACCACCCGCCCUCUGCGCAUCCGCCUCCCUUGCAGCUGAUGCCUCAGAGUCAGCCGCUGCAAUCUUCUCCAGCGCAGCCGCCCGUCCUGACGCAAAGCCAGAGCCUGCCUCCCUCAGCCAGCCACCCUUCCUCCGGCCUCCAUCAAGUCCCUUCGCAAGCCCCUUUCUCCCAGCAUCCCUUUGCCCCCGGGGGCCCACCCUCCAUCACUCCGCCCUCUUGUCCGUCGACUUCCACGCCACCUUCUGUGCCUGGCGUUCCACCUCAGGCCGUGGUCUCCACAUCGGCAGCUUCCUGUGGAAACGUCCCCGUGGUGACGUCCUGUACAAUACCACCCAUCCAGAUUAAAGAGGAGGCUCCGGAUGAGGCAGAGGAACCGGAAAGUCCACCACCCCCGCCCAGGAGUCCAUCGCCGGAACCAACAGUGGUGGAUACGCCGAGCCACGCAAGCCAGUCAGCUAGGUUCUACAAGCACCUGGAUCGUGGCUACAACUCAUGCGCAAGAACGGAUCUGUACUUCAUGCCGCUAGCAGGUUCCAAACUGGCCAAGAAGCGAGAGGAGGCCAUUGAGAAGGCCAAGAGGGAGGCAGACCAGAAGGCAAGAGAAGAGAGGGAACGGGAGAAAGAGAAGGAAAAGGAGAGGGAGAGAGAGCGUGAGCGUGAGAGAGAAGCAGAAAGAGUGGCGCAGAAAGCAUCCAGCUCCUCCCAUGAAGGACGUCUUGGGGAAUCUCAGCUGAGCGGGCCGACUCACAUGAGGCCUUCGUUCGAGCCGCCUCCCACCACCAUUGCUGCCGUUCCCCCUUACAUCGGCCCAGACACGCCAGCACUACGGACCCUCAGCGAAUACGCGCGCCCCCACGUCAUGUCCCCUACAAACCGCAACCACCCCUUCUUUGUUCCCCUCAACCCCGCUGAUCCACUCUUGGCCUACCACAUGCCUGGCCUCUACAACGUGGACCCCACCCUCCGGGAGCGGGAGCUACGGGAGCGGGAACUCCGGGAGCGAGAGAUCCGGGAGCGGGAGUUGCGCGAGAGGAUGAAGCCCGGGUUCGAGGUGAAGCCUCCGGAACUCGACGCACUGCACCCGGCCACCAACCCCAUGGAGCACUUUGCCCGCCACGGCGCCCUCACCAUCCCCCCCACGGCAGGCCCUCAUCCCUUCGCUUCUUUCCACCCAGGGCUGAACCACCUGGAACGGGAGAGACUCGCUCUGGCAGGCCCCCAAUUGCGGCCUGAAAUGAGCUACCCAGAAAGACUGGCUGCCGAGAGGAUACACGCGGAGCGGAUGGCCUCGCUCACCAACGACCCCUUGGCCCGGCUCCAGAUGUUCAACGUGACCCCGCAUCAUCACCAACAUUCACACAUACACUCACACCUCCACCUCCACCAGCAGGAUCCACUUCAUCAAGGCUCAGCUGGACCUGUUCAUCCUCUCGUGGAUCCCUUGGCAGCUGGACCCCACUUAGCACGCUUCCCCUACCCACCUGGUACAAUCCCAAACCCUCUGCUAGGACAGCCGCCCCACGAACAUGAAAUGCUCCGGCACCCAGUCUUUGGGACCCCCUACCCCCGUGACCUGCCCGGCACCAUCCCCCCUCCGAUGUCCGCUGCCCAUCAGCUGCAGGCCAUGCACGCCCAGUCGGCAGAACUUCAAAGACUAGCAAUGGAGCAGCAGUGGCUGCACGGACACCCCCACAUGCACGGGGGGCACCUUCCCAGCCAAGAAGACUAUUACAGUCGACUGAAGAAAGAAGGCGACAAGCAGUUGUAAUAAAUUAUUUAUUUGUAACGCCAGCUGCAGAGGAGCCCCGUCCUUGGGAAGAAGGUGACCCGGGAAUGCGAGCGAACCAGUCUUUGGAAGACACCUUCCCUGUUUUAAGAAAGGAAAGCCCAACAGCUAGAGACUUGCAUCAGCACAUAUAUUACGGGGUUCAUUUGUAGAGAAGAUUUCUCAAGACCGUUUUUGGGGCGGGUUGGGGUUGGGGUCUCCUUGCAUGACAAAAAACCAGUUACGAAGCCUAUUGAAAAACAGACAGGACUCAAGGAAAUAUUCAGAGACGUUCCCUGGGCGAUCUAGGGUGGGGAGGGCCGUUGGGUUGGGGUGGUUUUUUUUUUUAAUUUUUGUGUUUGUUUUUUCGUUUUGAGUAGGUGCUAGAAUCAGGUUCACAACAUAAUGCAAGCCACUGUGCGUAAAAAAUACACUCAAUUUAUAUAUAGAUAUAUAUAUAUACUUUAAAAAAAAGAGAAAAAAAUUACAAGUUAAGUGGCGUUACAACCUCUGAAAAUCCAAGUGCUAUAACAAGAAUUUUAAAUAAAUCUACUUUUAUUUUAAUACAUUGUAGGAAAACUUCAUAAUUUUAAAGAGAGCUUGGCAGCAUGGCUUUAUAAGUCUGUAAAUAAUUUUUUGGGUUAGGGGCUAAAAUUAUUAUUAUAAUCUCCACAAAAUCCUGAUUUUUUUCCCCUCCCCUCCUUCAGCAACAUCAUAAAACCGUUACUUCUUACCUGGUGUUGACAAGAGUACAGAGUUGAUUUUUUAAUAUAAGAGGAAUAUAUAUAAUUAUCCCUUUAGUUAAAGGGAGACGACGAGGGGCGGGGGGUUCAGAAAUUUCAAAAUGGACAGAAGCUUGAUUUUAUGGUUUGGUAGCAAUGUGAGCAUUAAAAGGAGUUGCAGGGAUAAUGUUACAAAACGGCCGUUUUCUUUCGUGUGUGUGUGUGUCAUCUUUAAUUUAAUUUCUUUGUUCCAUGGUCAUCAUAAUUGCCUUCCUUCCUGGAGGUUGGUUUUGUCAUAAUUCUGUGGCUAAGCAGGUGAAUACAUUAUAAGUUCUGCAUUUGGGGAUAAGUUCCCAAGGCCUGCAUCAGAACCCUUGUGCUGUGGGCCCCGCUGGUACAAGUAAGCAGAGUUUGCACCAUUCGUGUUCGUUCAAGUAAUUGAUUUCUUGCAGAAUUCAGGAAUGUUGGAUAUCAGCAGAACAGGUUUUUUUUAAAAAAAUGGCUAUUCCUCUUUCCUUUAUUAAUGUAAUGUUAGCCUAAAACAUUCAUCUUUUAAAAUUUGAACCCGCCUUUGCGCUGUCAUUUGUUUAAAAGAUUGGCUAAGGUUUUUUUUCGGGCUUCUAGACUUUUGGCCACAAACAUUUGGAAAGAACCUGUGUACAUGGAGUGCCAUCUGAGUAAUGGAGCCCACACACGAGGCACCAGAACUGUUGAACGUAAACAUGUAUGUGUCUUGAUAGAAUGUGGCAGGGCACAUCAAACCACUUGAAAAAAAAUAAUUUAUUUUGUCUAUGUGCUGAAUUAGAUCUUGAAUUCUUGGCCUUUAUGUGUUGAGUAGGUGGGGAGGAAUAGACAAAGGGGCUGUCUUCAAACAGCUUUCAUGGUGGCACAGAUUAAAUUGCACUUAAUACAAAAUGUAACAUCUUUCAUGGUCUGGUUUACUUUGAAUGUGGCUUAUUGUUGGCAAAUCUUCGUUGAUGCGCCUAGUAUAGUCGACCACCAGGUUGAGGUACCACCUUGAUCGCAUGAUCUGCAAGGAAGUUGUUCAACACAAGUGCCACAGAAAUGAACAACUCUUGUACAUGCGUCCUUGUGUUGUGACUUUGCUCAAGAGGAAAGGAAAGUUCCUGGUGGAUUGUGCCUCAAAAUGGCUUUUCCUCGCAGCUUCAGCUGGACAAAGCUGUGUCAUGCUUUUCAUCUUUAGUACUAGGAGGAUUGUCCCAUUUGUUCAAAAAGGCCAUGCUCCAUUCCUGGAGAAAGGGAAACCAUAAAACCUGUAGGACACAAGUGUCAAACUCGCGGCCCUCCAGAUGUUAUGGACUACAGUUCCUAUCAUCCCCUGCCAGCAUAAUGCUGGCAGGGGAUGAUGGGAACUGUAGUCCAUAACAUCUGGAGGGCCAUGAGUUUGACACCUAUGCUGAAGGGUAUCUUUUGAGGCAAGCACAUGGCAAAUGUAGGUCUCCUCUUAUCCCCCCCACCCACUGUGACUUUAGAUGCAAGGGCAACGGCACCAGAGUCUGCAACGUAUAAGUUGACAGUAACGUUUUUUCCCCAUUUGUUGCAUUUGUCAUCCCAUUUCCUUUCUUUUUUCUCUUUUUGGAGGGCUGUCUCUUUUUUGCGACGACUGUUAUCCGUGGUGGGCCUUCAGAGAACUCCAUUGUGCCGCAUCAGAUAACCCUGUAGCUAAUCAGUGUCUGUCUCCAAAGAUACAGGGCGGAUUUUAAACCUGCCCAACAGGAUUCACAAUUCUCUUUCUGUCUUGGAUCAGAGGACAGGGUUUUCGUUGCUUGGCAUCCCACCUCUUUCCAGGUUCCCACUCUGUCGUCCAGAUGUGCUUUUCAUUCUGAUUCCAUUCCUUGUUUGGAAUCUACCUCUUGUUUCCCUGCCAAGAUGCAAGUGGUUGGUUAGUGCUAAAAUGCACCUCUCUGGCAUUUCUUCACCCCCUUUUUCCAGGUUAAUAGAUGUGGCCUUCUGUUAUGUUCACAUCACACUGAGUGCUUGUCCAACCCGGUACCCCAGGCAUACUGCCACACUGUGCCCCUCUGUGUGGUAGACCAUGGCACGGUUUCUGGGGUUCACAUGAGAUGGUUUCCGGAAUGGGCUCUCCUAGGAAGGGGCACGUGGCUUUUCCCAGGAUAUUUCUUGCACCCUUGAGAGCUAAAACACUGAACUGAGGAAUGUAGCAAACUCUGUAAUGCAGAAUGCUAAAUCUGGCUGACAAAUAGGAUCCUCAAAGCUUUACCUUUGCAAUCUAGUCCAGAUUUUUUUUUUCCAUUUUAACGCCAUUGUUUGAAAAUUUAAUAUUUAUAAGGCAGCCUAUAAGGCAGUCUUGCAUGGCCGGGCGUUCCCGACAGAUCAUCAGACUUGGUUGUUUUUGAGGCACCUUCAUGGGAGUAAGAGAAUCUUCUUGAAGAAACCCAAGGAUUCUAGCUUUUGUGAGGGUGACAUUGAAUUUGUAAACAUCUGUCCUUUCCUGGAACUACAAUUCCCACAGUUCCUUAGGGGAGAUAGCUUAGUGUGGAUGACCGAGACACCUCAUCGGUUCAAGGUACAGUUAAUGUCAGCCUGCCCCUUUUCUUUUUCAGUUUACAUGUAGCAUUUCCUCCUUGGAAUCUGUUUAUGUUUUAAGGUUGGCAGUUUGAAUCAUUCUGGGGUGGGAGAGAAAUCCAGAGGCUAAUUCUUGGAUUUAAUGAUUAACUACAGUGUUAUUUGCUCCUGGUCUCUGAGGCCGCCAUGCCCUGUUUAAAGCUGCCAGAUAUUUUGGGGUUAUCUUUUUAGAAUACUAUUUUUUCCCCUUCAGAUUUUUAAGAUUCAUGUUUUGCGUUUCAUGGGGGUUUUUUUUACCCCCUUUCAAAUCGUCUCUUGUUCUGUAUCGUCAUGGUUUGACCUAGUUUCACUGCGCCAUUUACAAAGCAGAAUAUACCUUCUGACAGCUACGUUUAUAUAUAUCUUGAGGCUUAGUGUAUAUAUGAGUAGUUUGCCAUGGGAUAACACAGUGUAAAACAGAGUAGAAAACCCAGAAAUCGUGACUUCUGUGUUCUCUCCAUUUGAGUAUUUUGUAAUUUUUUUGAAAUAUUUGUGGACAUAAAUAAAAACCAAGCUACACUACA